GCGGCGGACUUGAAGAACUUCAAGGAAUUACCGAACUUAGCAAGGAUUUUCCUUCAAACUAUACAAUGCGGGGAUAUAUAUUUCUGGUGGGGCUGAUGUCCUUACUGGUCCAAGGAGCUCUGGCCUCGGAUUUCUUCUCAUCCAUAACGGGCUUAGAGGAACUUCUGCAUACGGAGGAGUAUCUCACGCGGGAACUGAGAUCCAAGGUUGAUGGCAUUAGGAUUUCACUGCAACACUUGGAGGGCGAGCUGUCCUCCAUCGAAAUGGAGCAUACCCUAGCUGCGGCGGGCUCGGAGAACUAUCUGACCAAUCCGGUGAAUGUGUACCGUCUGAUGAAGCGACUCCACACGGACUGGCCCCUCAUGGAGGGCCGAGUCCAGCUGAUGGCUGAGGAAAUGAAUUUCAAUGCAACCAGAGAGUACGGCCUGAGUUUCCCCAGCCAGGAGGACGUCGAAGGGGCUGCCCUGGCCCUCGUUCGUCUCCAGAGCACCUACAAGCUGGACGUGGCCCAGGUGGCCGCUGGCAUCCUGAAUGGCGUCAAAUACGGCUCGGACAUGAGCUGGCAGGAUUGCUUCGAGCUGGGUCAACAACUCUUUGAAAUGGAGGACUACAACAACACGAAGGUCUGGUUGCGGGAGUCGAUGGAACGCUUGCGACGUCACAGCAGCUCCGCCCACACCCACACCCAUUCCCCGGUUCCCAGCGGACCGGAUACCGUCACCCUCAACAAAAUGGAGGCGACGGCCAAGAGUUUGUUCCAAUUGGGCGACUUCGAUACGGCUUACGAGCUGAGCCAACGGGUGCUCCAAUUCGAUCCCAAACGCAUAAGGAACUGGCAUCUCGGCGACAAAGGAGCAGCACUUCCCGAAGACGUCGACGACGUCUACCUGCCAAAGCACUCGGAUACCUAUAGCCUGUCGCAGGAGUUCGCCCAGUACGAGAGGGUGUGUCGAGGAGAGCUCCACCCCACACCUCGAGGGGAAUUGCGCUGUCGUUAUAGCCAAGGACACCAUCCAUAUCGGUUUCUGGUACCACUGAAGCUGGAGGAGCACAGCCUGGAUCCUUAUGUGGUAACCUUUCACGACAUGCUGAGUCCCCAAAAGAUUUCACAACUCCGGGAAAUGGCCGUUCCACGCAUGCGUCGCUCUACAGUGAAUCCCCUACCCGGUGGACAGACCAAAAAAUCCUCUUUUCGUGUCAGCAAGAAUGCCUGGCUGGAGUAUGAAUCACAUCCCACCAUGAAGGGCAUGCUGCAGGACCUGAAAGAUGCCACUGGACUGGACACCACAUUCUGCGAACAGCUCCAAGUGGCCAACUACGGCGUGGGUGGGCACUACGAGCCGCAUUGGGACUUUUUCCGGGACCCCGAUCAUUAUCCGGCGGAGGAGGGCAACCGCAUUGCCACUGCCAUAUUUUAUCUUUCCGAUGUGGAACAGGGCGGGGCUACCGCCUUUCCCUUCCUGGACAUCGCCGUUAAGCCCCAGCUGGGCAAUGUCCUUUUUUGGUACAAUCUACACCGCUCCCUGGACAUGGACUACCGCACCAAGCAUGCCGGUUGUCCGGUGCUCAAGGGCAGCAAGUGGAUUGGCAAUGUUUGGAUACACGAGGUGACGCAGACCUUUGCCCGGCCCUGCGACGUUUUCCGGGAUCACGAGGUCUCGCUGGGGUACGAGAUAAUCAAAUAAAGAUAAA